CCCAUGGCUCAAGUCCUCCAUCCGCCGUCCCACAACAUCAGGACCAUCCAGCGCAAGCCCAGAGGCGGCAUCCUCCUCAACUCGAGUCCCUCUACCGCAUAUACGCCCCUGCCUUCCCUCACCCUGUCCCCCUCUCCCUCGGCGCCUUCCUCCGCACUCUCCUCCUCCUUCUCCGCCCACCCCCAUCCACAGCCCCUCUCGCCACUAUCUGUAUCCUCCUCCAUCGACGACAUCCUCGCCACUCCAUCAGCCUCCGCCGCUUCCUCGCCACCACCCUCCAUCACCGGCACCACCCAUCACGCAAACUCCCUCCCCGCCAGCGUCAGUACCAAGUAUGCCAGCCCCGCUCCAGACUUCUCCAAGGCCAGGAGUGGUUCAGCCCCACCAAACAGCCGUCGCAUCCGCUUCGCCCCCCUCCCUGAUCCCCGCCGUGCCGUGCUCAUAACCGACGACGGCGACGAGCUCCCGCUCCCCGUCGCACUCGACUCGGAUGACGACGACGACAUCGAACAGCCCCCGUCUGUCCCUCACUCCCGUCGCGAGAGCGACGCGGAAGCACCGCUGCCAUUGCUCCACUCACCCGACUGCGCCGCCCAGCCGAAUGACUCCCUUCUUCUUGGCACCGGCGCACCAGACCCCCGCUGCUCCUGCCAUCCCUCCAUCAUCACCACCUCGCCCUCUCCCACGACACCCACCUUCUCUCCCGUCUCCGCCUCCUCACUCCCUUCCACCUCGUCCUCCCCCAUCCGAAAACGAAGUGCCUCCCCCUACCAGUCUUCCCACGGUGCUUCCUCUCUUACCUCCGUCGCUUCUACCACCUCCACCGCCACCGCCCACCAGGCCAGCCUCGCAAAAAAGCUCUUCAGACCCUUCCUCUCCAAAUCAAACCACGAUGACCCCGGCUCCCUGUCCUCCCUCGGCCUCUUCCGUACCUCCUCCAAGGAGAGCACUCACUCCAACGCGUCCACUUCGAGCAAUUGGAGUUCCCUCAGCCGCUGGACCUCCGAUCUCGGUGGUUCCACCCACCGUCGCGGAUCCACCGCCUCGUCCAAAUCCGCCCCCAAAGCACGCCCCAACUCCGCCCCGUCCUCUCCACGCCGGACCACGCGCAUGCUUAACGGACGAGUGUACGGCGCCCCCAGACACCCUAACCAUCUCAAACCGGGCCCGUACCAGCACAAGAGCAAGAACGUGUUCGAUAACGUCCGGGACGAGUCUGAGUUCGUCGAGUGGGGUUACGGAGGCGCGGGAAGUGUGCGAAAUUCGGGAGCUGGCGGAAAGUGGAGUAAGCUGCAGAGCGGAGAUAAGAUCGUUGUGGGCGGGUAUGAUGCGACGGAGAGGGGCAGACAGGGUUCGAGGAAGAGCGAGGGUGAUUCGCCGAGUAAGCCGGCGCAGGAUGACGACGAUGGGAGUGGAAUGGCGUGGUUGAAGAAGAGGAGAGAGACGCGAGAGAAGGAGAAGAAGGAGCAGGAGGAGCGGGAGAGGCAGAAGGCUGCUGCUGCUGCUCAGGCGGAGGCGGAGUCUACAGGAGACGGUACUACUGCUGCCGUCACAGCUGACGCUGAGGCCCCUGUUCCUGUUCCCUCUGAUGUCGAUGAAGUCGCUUCACCCGAACUCGCUGAGGCCGCCCCAUCAUCACCACCGACCAUCCCGCAUGCACCCACACCCUUACCACCUGUGGACGAUGCUGCCAAACCCUCCGAGCACGUCCAUACCGCGGUCACCAUCCCCGCACCCGGCUCGAAGCAUCACCACGCACGAUCACUCUCCUCCGACGUCGCUAUCGGCCUGAAAACACCCACCACGCUCUCCCGCGAGCCGACGAUCGAGGCUAUCAGCGUCCCGCGGAUCUCGCCAGAACCGGACGCGGACGCGGACGACACGUCGGACGAGAAGACGGCAUCGGAGGGUGAUAUGGUGGAUGUGAGUGCGAGUUCUGGUGCGAGUACGGCGACGAGUGAGACGAGUACGAAUGCGAGCGCGAGUGAUGAGGAGGAUGGGGACGAGGAGGAUGAGAAGGAGGAGGAACAUCAUGAGAAGCAUAGGAAGACGGCGUUGGGUGCGGGGGUUGAGAUUCUUAGUCGGCACAGGGACAAUACCGCUAGCGUGGCUUGAUCCGCUCCCUGUGCGCGUCUCUUCCCGUUGUAUAUACCUCGUCUUGUUUUCCUUUCAUCAUCAUCUAUCCCCACUCGCUCCCCACGUUCUCGUCAUCCACCAGUUUUUUUCUCUUUUCCAUUCCGGGUUUUUCAUUGUAUAUAUAUUUCUCAAAUCUCAAGUACAGGACGAACGGCAAUCAUCUCUCGAUUUUCAGCAAUCGCACUACAUACACAUCCAUUCUGUCGUACACCAUAUACAUCUCUUCCUCUCUUCUCUUCCCUUUUCUCUCCCUUUCCCCUCUCCUCUCCUCUGUUCGUGUCCCUCUCUUCCUAUAUUCGUGUCCCUUGCUCUCCCUCCCCCUCUAUCUCGCUCGCUCUCGUGCUUCAAACUCAAAUCUCACUUCUCACUUCUCACACCAUGUCCUCUCCGUCCCAUCGACAUGUACAGAAUGUUCAUUAUUCUUCCGACUCCCUGUGUUUCGUGUUUUCGUUAUCUCUAUUCCAUAUCGAUAUCUGUUCUCCAUCUCCGUCUUCGUCUGUCUCUGUCCGUUUCCGUUUCCGUUUCCCUUUUUGUUCCUUGAAAUUGUGCUCCUGUGAGUUAGUCGGUUUGUGAAGUUCAAGUUAUAGGCACAUUUUCUUCUUUUUGGUUUGGUUUGUUUGGUUGGUUGUCGAUGUUGUACAGAAGUCGUUCUACAUCGUCGGUUGCGUUUGCAUCUGCAUUGAUGCGUCAGUUGGUGGGAUGUGUGGUACAGUAUAAGGUUGGUGUGGUAUAAGGAUGGAAGGUGUGUGGUAUAAGGUGGUGUGGUAUAAAGGAGGGAGGUGGUAUAAGGUGGUUGGUGUGGUGUGUGGUCUAAGGCGAGGGGGUGAGGGUGGUGGUGGUGGUUGGUGGUGGUUGGUGAUGUUCAUGACUCGGACGAUAACGACGUUGAUAUCGAUGGUUCUUUUCCUCUCCCUCUCCUUCCUUCCACAUUCCCCACCCAAUCCACUCACCGCUCUCCACUCAUCCUCUCACCCCCGCUUCAAGUUAUUCUGCUCUCAGGCUCUUGAUCUCCUAUUCUCCUAUCUCAUUUCACUUCUCCUCACAGUCCACUCUCAAGUUAUCGCAAUCACUCUUAGACUUUCCCCUUCUCCUUCCCCUUUCCACUCCAACUUUCAACUUCCAACUCCCGGUCUUCGCCUCACCUCUUCAAGUUCUCAGUACAUACGAGCUCGGCAUGAUAUGAGAUGGUCGUUAUUUCUCCAUCGACACGAUGUUGAUGUUUCUGCUUCUGCACUGCACAUAUUCUUAUACAAUAUACAAACCUCAAAUUC